AUGGCCGUGCCUGACAAUGGGCCAGUGAUUGUUGGUGUGACUUGGUGGUUGACCAUUGCUUGUGGUGGAUUUUUGGGAACGAGGAUAUAUGCGAAAUUGAGUCGCAAGCAAGGCCUUUGGUGGGAUGACCAUAUCCUAAUAGUAUCAUGGGUCCUCCUCCUUGCCCAAUGUGUCAUGACCCAAGCAGGACAAUUAAUGGGCUUCGGAAAACGCACCUCUGAUAUUCCAGUCGAGAACCUCGUCACCAUUGCCUUGGGCAGCUCCAUUGCAGCCUCGAUUUCUUGCUUCGCCUCAACACUUUCCAAAAUCUCUUUCGGUGUUACUCUCCUCCGACUUACCACCGGCUACGUGCGCGCAUUUGUGUGGUUCUGCAUAAUCACACUAUUCCUUAUCAUGAUACCCAGCUCAAUGAGCACUUGGAUCGCAUGCAGGCCCGCUGCGAAAGCGUGGAAUAGUUCCAUUGAAGGAACAUGUUGGGAUCCGAGUCGAACAGUCAACUAUGGCAUUUUCAACGCUGCUUGGUGUGCCGCGGCUGACUUUGCGCUUGCCCUAUUGCCAUGGUACCUAAUUUGGGGUUUACAACUGCGACUACGUGAGAAGAUUGGCGUGGGUAUUGCCAUGAGUAUGGGUGUUCUCUCGGGCGUUUGCGCAAUCGCAAAAGGUGUCUACGUAAUCCAACUCCGUCAACAAGACUUCUCCUACAAUGGCAAAGAACUCACAAUAUGGACCACCGUCGAAACCGCCACCGCCAUAAUCGCAGCCUCCAUCCCCGUCCUCCGCGUCUUCCUCAAAGAAACAAUCUCCUCCUACCGCCCCCACACGCACUCCACCGCCUGCAGCAUCCCCUUAUCACGCCUACACCAGAGCCAACACUCCACCACCACCACAAGCGUACAUGCCUCGAGCGCACACAAAAAAGAAUCCAGGUGGACUAUAAUGCAGGACAAUGACAGUUCCAGCCAACGCGGCAUUCUGGACGAGGAAAUGGGCCUUAGAAGUCCAGGGCGAACAUUACAUUCACGGGGAGGUGAUGAUUUGGGAAUCAUGCAGACGAGUACUGUUACCGUUACUAUUGAAAGCGAUGCCGUGCCCGCGAGUAAAGAACGUUCUUUCUUCGAUUUCUCCCGGUAG